CCAGCCCCACCCGCGCCAUGGGCUCGGAGGCCGCACAGCUGCUGGAGGCCGCCGACUUCGCGGCUCGCAAGCACCGUCAGCAGCGCCGGAAGGACCCCGAAAGGACACCCUACAUCAACCACCCGAUCGGUGUGGCUCGGAUCCUGACCCAUGAGGCGGGAAUCACUGACAUUGUGGUGUUACAGGCGGCCCUGCUCCACGACACCGUGGAGGACACGGACACCACCCUGGACGAGGUGGAGCUGCACUUUGGGGCGCAGGUGCGGCGCCUGGUGGAGGAGGUGACCGACGACAAGACCCUGCCCAAGCCGGAGAGAAAGCGGCUGCAGGUGGAGCACGCGCCCCACAGCAGCCGGGGGGCCAAACUGGUGAAGCUGGCCGACAAGCUGUACAAUCUGAGAGACCUGAAGCGCUGCACCCCGGAGGGGUGGUCAGAACCUCGAGUGCAGGAAUACUUCGAGUGGGCGGCGCAGGUGGUGAAGGGGCUUCGGGGAACAAACCGGCAGCUGGAAGAGGCCCUGGAGCAGCUGUUCAGCGAGCGCGGGCUGACGCUCUGAGCACCGGGGGGGGGGGGCCAGGCCGCGUGCAGACCCCGGCUUCCGGGGCCUCCCCUCCGCCCUCCGCCCACGCACACUUGGUUCCCGUCCCUGCAGAGGCUCAGUUCUCCCCAGCGAAGCAGAGCCGGGACGCGGGAAGCAGCCAGUCCGUUCCUAAAGCACUCGCUGCCUUUGCCCACGUCGAAGCCCUGAGAUCGCUGGUCCCCCGGGGACGUGGGCUUGUUUACACUCCAGGUGAUCAGCCACCAAGGAAAAUAAAGCGUGUUGGGUAAA